UCUGCAUUCCAGAGCCAUUCCUCGCUGAGACCAGCGCCAGGCAGAGCCUGCCUGCCUUGGAAGGGGGGCUGAGAGACGGGAGCUGGAGCAGAGAGCGAGCAGAGAAACCUCAGACCCUGUUUAGGCCAUGGAAACGGGGAGCGCAGCCAGGACGAACGGCACCGCCAGCAAGCCCGAGGACGUGAAGAGCCCAACUGCUCCCAAAAAAGAAGAGGAAGCCAAGAAGGCCACGAGCCCUGGCGGAGGUGAGAAAGAAGCUAUAAAAGGCACGGGCGGUGCUGCGUUGGAGACAGGGCAAAUCAAGAGCUCCCUCUUCUCUGGGAGUGACUGGAAGAGGCCCAUCAUUCAGUUUGUGGAGUCAUCCGACGAGAAGAGGUCAACCUACUUCAGCAUGGACUCGGCAGACUCCAAGAAGAUGCAGUUUGCCAGCGGCCAGAUCGGAGACAUGAGGAGACCAGCCCUGAACUUCCCGGAGAAGGGCGACCUCAGGAAGUCCCUCUUCUCCUUGGAUUCCAAAAAGAGCUUCCUGCCCGCUGACGGGGAAGGGAGGAAGUCCCUGUUCUCUGCAGGGCAGAUGGGGGAGCUGAAGAAGUCUUCCCUGCCUCUGGUGGAGACGGGGGACCUGAGAAGACCCUUCAACAAGGCCGACAGAGCGGCGGGCUCGCGGCCCCGCGUGAAGCUGGAGGACGUUCUCUGCGACUCCUGCAUCGACAACAAGCAGAAGGCUGUGAAGUCCUGCCUGGUGUGCCAGGCUUCCUUCUGCGAGCUGCACCUCAAGCCCCACCUGGAGGGAGCGGCCUUCCGGGACCACCAGCUCCUGGACCCCAUCAGGGACUUCGAAGCCAGGAAAUGCCCUGUGCAUGGCAAGACCAUGGAGCUGUUCUGCCAGACGGACCAGAUGUGCAUCUGCUACCUCUGCAUGUUCCAGGAGCACAAGAACCACAGCACGGUGACAGUGGAGAUCGAGAAGGCGGGGAAAGAGACCGAGCUGUCGCUGCAGAAGGAGCAGCUGCAGCUGAAGAUCAUCGAGGUGGAAGAUGAGGUGGACAAGUGGCAGAAGGAGAGGGACCGCAUCAAGAAUUACACCACCAACGAGAAAGCCACGGUGGACCAGCACUUCAAGGAGCUGAUCCGUGACCUGGAGAGGCAGAGGGAUGAGGUGAAGGCUGCCCUGGAUCAGAGGGAAAAGAUCGCCUCGGAGAACGUGAAGGAGAUCGUGGAUGAGCUGGAGGAGAGGGCGAAGCUGCUGCGGGAGGACAAGGAGAACAGGGAGCAGAUCCACCAGAUCAGCGACUCCGUGCUCUUCCUGCAGGAAUUUGGGGCUCUGAUGAGGAAUUAUGUGCCCCCUCCAUCCCUGCCAACCUACAGCGUGCUGCUGGAAGGGGAGAGCAUGAGCCCAUCCAUGGGGCUGCUCAGGGAUGACCUCCUCAACGUCUGCAUGAGGCACGUGGAGAAGAUCUGCAAGGCAGACCUGGGCCGCAACUUCAUCGAGAGGAAUCACAUGGAGAACGGGGACCACCGGUUCAUGAUGAACAACUACGAGUGGAACCAGCCCGACAACCUGAAGAGAUUCUCCAUGUUCCUGUCUCCCAAAGCCAAUUUCAACCCACGGUCAUGGGAAUUUUCCUCCUUCCAAGCGACCGAGGAAACACUUGUAGGCAAUGGCACUAAGCUGCCUUUUCAGUUCUCCUCGGUGGGACAGAAUCCGCCCGGUGACUUCAGCAAACAGUCUGACGGGAGCCUCUUCACUAAGACCGCCUACCCUUCCAUAGUGAGGCACCAGUCUGCAAAGGUGACACCACAGACGUGGAAAUCCUCCUCCAAGCAGUCUGUAUUGUCCCAUUACCGCCCCUUCUACGUCAGCAAAGGCAACGGAGCCACCUCCAACGAGGCGCCCUGAGCUGCUGAGGACGAGAGGAGAGCCGAGCUCAGCUGAGGAUUGUCACACAUGUCCCUGCUCCCACCGCCCCUCCUGCUCCAGGGGCCACCCCUGCCCUCAGCACACCAGGACUUUUCCCUCUGCUGUCCCCUCCCUGUCCCCUCCCUGUCCCCUCCCUGUCCCCCCAGCUGCUCUGCCCUUCCUGGGAAUUGUGGAUGCUUGGGUGGCACCCCCUGCUAGGCAGCUGUCCCCUUGUCCCCAGAGCUGUCACACCCUGCUGGAUGUCCCAGAGCUCAUCCCAAACUCCAGCUUUUCCUCUCCACCCUGGGGACACUCAGCUCCCGCUGGGGUCACAUCUCCUGGUGGCAUCACAGGGUCCCCAUCAGCUCAGCUCUGCUCCUCACCUGCCCAAAAAAUGAGCAGGAUUUUCCCAGAGCUGGGAAUUGUAGCACCCCCUGCUAGGCAGCUGUCCCCUUGUCCCCAGAGCUGUCACACCCCGCUGGAUGCCCCAGAGCUCAUCCCAAGCUCCAGCUUUUCCUCUCUGCCCUGGUGGCAUCCCAUGUCCCCAGAGUCCUCCAUCAGCUCAGCUCUGCUCCUCACCUGCCCAAAAACCCCAGCAGGGUUUUCCCAGAGCUGGGAAGUGUGACACCCCCUGCUAGGCAGCUGUCCCCUUGUCCCCAGAGCUGUCAAACCCUGCUGGAUGUUCCAAAGCUCUCCCCAGGCUCCAGCUUUUCCUCUCCACCCUGGGGACACUCAGCUCCCGCUGGGAUCACAUCUCCUGGUGGCAUCACAGGGUCCCCAUCAGCUCAGCUCUGCUCCUCACCUGCCCAAAACCCCAGCAGGAUUUUCCCAGAGCUGGGAAUUGUGGCACCCCCUGCUAGGCAGCUGUCCCCUUGUCCCCAGAGCUGUCACACCCUGCUGGAUGCUCCAGAGCUCAUCCCAAGCUCCAGCUUUUCCUCUCCGCCCUGGGGACACAUUCCCUGGUGGCAUCCCAUGUCCCCAGGGUCCUCCAUCAGCUCAGCUCUGCCCAAAAACCCCAGCAGGGUUUUCCCAGAGCUGCUGGAGGAGGACAGGGAGGCUUUCCUAGCCCAUUCAAGUGCCCCUCCAGCCACAUUUUUGAAUUAAGAAAUAAAAAGCAAAUCCAUCCUAGUAAUACAAGAUUGAUUAGAUGCCAUAGGUGCUGGGUGCUUUUCUAGUUUGUGGUGGUUUUUCUUAAUUCCCUUAAACCAAAAUUGAUUUAUACGCUGUAGUUCAUGUAUUUUAUAUUUUUUUCCCCUGCAGUGGGCAAUGAGAAUUACUGCCACAGCUUUUUUUUUUUUUUUUUGCUCAGGAUAAUAUUUUUGUAUUUGUCCCCUGGACAGAUGAAUCACAUCCAGGGCUGGAGAACCAUCCCAUGAUCUCCCUGAGGUGAUUUUCCCUCUCCAUGGACAAGCCAAGGGGCUCAGUCCAUGCAGUGCAGGGGGAGAAAUGGGAAUAAGAGCCCUCAAAUGCUGAAAAUCAAGACCUAACAGCUCCUUUUCAUGGUUUGCUCUAUUCAAGCAGUUUUGGAAUGGCUUCCCCCCACUUUUUCCUGCUUGCAGCACCUUGCUGAGGGAGGUCCCACUUGAAAAUCCUUCCUGGCUCAUCCCUUUGCAAAGAUACUCAUGGCUUUUUAACCCAACACCUCACCCAAAACUCCUGGGGCUGAAUGUUGGUCACCCCAGAGCACUUGAAAUGUCACUUUAUGAUGAUUUUUAAUUUUUUUUCCCUAUAAAGACCAGAGGGGGAAGGGGCUGGCGUGGUAGGGCAGGACGUGACAAAAGGGACGUGAAAAAAGGGAUGGAAUUGCUGGGAAAAGCACUGAGGGGUUUGAGGAUGUGUGUGAAGGGACAAAAUCAGCCCCCUCCAGGUCUCACUGUUUUGCCCUUGAGCAGGUCCAGUAAAACCUUGCACCACCUCCUUUUUAUGCUCCAAAACAUGUAAAUGUUUUUCCUUUUCCUCCUCCUCCUCAGCUUGGAUGUUAACCCCUCCCAUCCCUGAUCAAGGCUGUGUGGUGCCAGCUGGACCCUGCCCGAGGCCACCACUGUCCCUGUCCUCCCGCUGUCCCCUCUGUGCCCCCACAGCCUCUUUGCUCCCCAAGGGCCUCCCCAGCCCUGCACACCCAAAUUCCCACAAGGAAUGGAGCUGCUCCCCCUUUGCCUCAGCCCCGGGGACGCCAGGACCCCGCUGGGGUCCCCCUUUUCCCCCUGGGAUGGGGCACAGGGGGUUCUGGAACCCCCCCUGUGCUUCCUGGGGGGCUUCCAGCCGGGCUUUGGGGUGUGCAGGAGCUCUUUGGAUCAUGUCAGCAAAGCCUGAGGGAUGAUGAUGAUGAUGAUGAUGAUGAUGAUGAUGAUGAUGACAACGAUGAUGAUUCCUCCUCAGACAGGGCAGGGGGGGCUCUGCUGGUGAUGUAAAGGAGGCCCCUCACUGUGCACCACACUGCAGAAAUAAAGGAGAAAGCUCCAUGUCUGACCAAACCCAACGGGCUUUGCUCUGUCUUUGGUGUUUCUGUGCUCUCACUGAGGCUGAGUCUCUCCAAAUUAUGGGGCAGCAGGGCUGCAGAAACCAUUCUGCCAGCUCUUUGAUGCUGUUUCACUGCUUUUUUUGAUAUUUAAGGUCAGAGGAAAUUCCCACAUCGUUGAGAGUCAAAAGCUGAUGUACAUUUCUAGUCCCACACCCCAAAAA